AUCAUUGAGUUGUUACUCCAUCGAAUGGCUGAAAAGUACAAAAAUCAAGGAAAGAACCCCAAACUUAUGCUUAGAAGGUACGGCGAAAGCAUCGUAGAGAGGUUGACCACCUGCUGGCUAUCGGUUUCCAUGUACCGGCAUUUGAAGGGGGACGUGGGGGAGAAGUUGUUCCAAUUGUACCUGGCCGUGAAGCAACAGAUCUACUCCGGACCCGUCGAUGCCUGCACCGAUCAGGCCAAGUUCACCCUCUCCGAGAGGAACUUCUUGAAGGAGUACCAGUUCGAUGCUGAGCCGCUGGUUGGUUCUUCGCCCCAGAAAAAACAGCAAAUGCCGACGAGCUGCAAACUUCUACCCUGUGAUACCAUCUCGCAGGCCAAAGAUAAAAUUAUCGACAAGCUCUACCAAAAUGAACCAUUUGUUAACAAACCCAAUUAUCGACUAUAUGAUCUUUACUUAGUUUCAGACCCAGACAUGAAACUGAGCGAGGACGUAGACAUCCAGAAAAAUAACGGCGAUUACGUGAAGCUGAGAACCCUCGAAGACUACCACAUCCAAACUGGCCACCAAUUGAAACUCAUCAAGAAACCAGAUGACGACGACGACGCUUUUCUGAGAUAUGUAGGAGUCUUUCAUCUGCUCGCUUAUUUAUUCAUCAUUCAGUUCUUUACUCUGGUGAACUAUUUUAUGAAGGUGAAAAAUGAAGAUGUUGAGAGAAUGAACAGAAGCGGGAAAAGUAAGAAGACAUCGAGACGAAAGUUGUUGACUGAAGAUUAUUAUCCACUACUGCAAACUAAAGUGAACCUUGAGGAACACAUCAACAAAUUGUUCGACAGCAUCUUCGCCGCGAGCACGGAGAUUGCACCCAGCGUCAAAUAUUUAUUCGACGUCUUCGAUAAGAUAGCCGACCAGAUGGCUUUCACCGAUCCACUCGUCACCACAAUAUGGAAGAAUUAUUGUUUCAUCUUGAAAUUCUGGGUGAACCUCAUCCAGAACCCGAGCUUCUUGUUUGAGAUCGAGAAGGAUGUCGUGCUGGACUCCUGUCUGACGGUCAUCGGCCAGGCCCUGAUGGACGGGUGCUCCAUUCAAGAAAUCAAACUGAACAAGAGCUCGCCUACAUCCAAGUUGUUGUUCGCUAAGGAUUAUGAAAAAUUCAAACUGCUGGCGAAGAAUUUUUACGAAGGAGUUAAAAAUGGGAAGGAGAUAUCGAGCAAGGAGAUUGCCAGGACUAUGGAGAAGAAUUAUUCCGUCUGUGGAAGCAUUUUUUAA